UUGGUGUCCAAAAAAUCGUUCCGCAGAUUUUUCAUUCCAGGAUUCUCCCAAACAUUUCUCGUUUUCUUUCGUUUUCCAUUUCACCACAUCCUUUGAUGAUCCCAUAAAGUUCUGUUCUUGUCAAAAAAAAUCCAGAAAAAAAUCUAUCUAAUCAAGCUCAUAAAAAACUUCUAUUUUGUCUUUUUUAGGAAUCGAAAUAUUUUUUUAUAAACGAGAAGACGAAAAACAGGAAAUCGCAUUGGAUCAUCAACUCAAUCAUGUAAAAUCCAAAAGGGAAAAAAAGGUUUGAGGAUUACAGAAGCAAAAUAUGGACAAGGUCCAAGAACAAGCCCAUCUCAUUGGUAAGAAGAUAUCUCCAUUGAUAUCCACACCAUUACCCAACAUCACAACCGAAAACUUGGGAGACUUCAAAAUACCUGGCGGAGACACUCAGCCUCCGGCGACUUCUCCGCCGUCUCCUCCUCCGCCACAAUCCCCUCCUCCCUCCCCGCCCCCAACCACCGCCUCUCCGCCGCCAACUCCUCCUCCUCCUCCUUCUGUGACGAACCCUCCUCCAUCUCCGCCUCAACCUCCGCCGCAGAACAUUCCCGGAGAGCCUCCUCCGGAGAAGCCUCUUCCUCCCCCUCCUCUUCCCCUCCAACCUCCUCCUUCGGCAAUCCAGCCUAACACAAGGCCUGCUGACGAUCCUCAUCCGAACCCCAUUUCUCCUCCCUCUCUGCCCAAUUCAAACUCUCAGCUUCCUCCGCCGACUCCGGUGGAUCCCGGAGAGGGUGGUGUCUCACCGCCAUUGUCGUAUCAGUCGCAGCCUGCCGUCCCUCAGACGCCGGAUCCACAAACACACCCAUUUCAACCGCCGGAUUCUCCGCUUACGGGGGGACAGAAUUCUCAACCGGCAUUGGCAUUGUCGCCUCCGCCUCAUUCCAGUUCGGGACCCACGAAUCAUUCGGGGAGUUCCAAUCCAUCAAAUGUGAACCAUAGAAAUGGUAGUAAUGGCCACGGCAAUGGGUCUAGUUAUGAUCAAAGGACCAUGGUCGGCAUAGGGAUCGCAGGAGCGGUGGUGAUAACGUUCAUCGUAGUCAUGUUCUUGGUAAGGAAGCGAAAUAGAAAGCGUGUUACUCGGCGGUCGGGCCAACACUACUUGCCCUCCGCCAAUUUCGUUGUAAAAUCGGGUAAAGAUGGAUACAACUAUUAUGCACCGAAACCCGGUAACGGGAACAAUUCAGGACAAAACUCUUCAGGGGAGAUUCCGAAUCAAGAAAGAACACCAGAUUCUGCAGUGAUUGGAACAACAAAGACUUUAUUUACCUAUGAAGAUUUGAGCCAAAUAACACAAGGAUUCGCCAAGGCAAACGUUGUCGGAGAAGGCGGGUUUGGGUACGUAUACAAGGGAGUGUUUCCCGAUGGACAGAAUGUAGCGAUCAAGCAACUGAAAUCGAGUAACGCGGAAGGGUAUAGAGAGUUCAAAGCAGAGGUUGAGAUAAUAAGCAGAGUUCAUCAUAGGCACUUGGUGUCUUUGGCGGGUUAUUGCAUAUCAGAACAACAUAGGUUUCUGAUCUAUGAGUUUGUCCCUAACAACACUUUGGACCAUCAUUUACAUGGUAGGGAUUUGCACGUGCUUGAUUGGACCAAAAGAGUCAACAUUGCAAUUGGAGCAGCCAAAGGGCUUGCUUAUCUACAUGAAGACUGUCAUCCCAGGAUUAUACAUAGAGAUAUCAAAUCGUCGAAUAUUCUAUUGGAUGAAGAAUUCGAAGCUAAGGUAGCAGAUUUCGGAUUGGCCAGACUCAACGAUACAACACAGAGCCAUAUUUCGACUAGGGUGAUGGGCACAUUCGGGUAUUUGGCGCCAGAGUACGCGUCGAGUGGGAAGUUGACGGAUAGAUCGGAUGUGUACUCAUUCGGGGUUGUGCUUCUUGAACUCAUCACCGGUCGCAAACCUGUUGACCCCUCUCAGCCUCUCGGCGAUGAAAGCCUCGUCGAAUGGGCACGGCCACGCCUAAUUGAGGCAAUUGAAACGGGUGACAUCAAUAACUUGGUGGAUCAACGGUUGAAAAAUCAAUACGAUGAAUCCGAGGUCUAUAGAAUGAUUGAAACGGCAGCGUCUUGUGUUAGACACUCUGCCCCAAAACGACCUCGUAUGGCUCAGGUGGUGAGAGCUUUGGACAACAGAAAAGAACUGUCUGAUCUCACCAAUGGAGUGAAAGUCGGUCAGAGCACAGCCUACAGUUCCGGACAGUACAGUCAAGAAAUUCGAAAUUUCAGGAGGAACUCGUUUUCUUCAAAUGAUUUCUCCGAUUACACGAGCCGCGAGUACGCGAGUCAUGAACUCGAAAUCCGAGCUCUCAACACAUGAAUCGCGUCACUGUGUCUCCAAAUUCUCAUGGAAUUUUAGGAAAUUUUUUUGACGUUUACGAAAUUCUUACCAGUUCUUCGUAUGAUGAUGUUGAUGAUGACAAGAAAUUAUAUACUGAAUCAUUUUGCUCAAGUGUGUGAUUCAAA